AUGACUGGAGGGAAGCACCACCACCAUCACAACCCGCACCAUCACCACCACCACCACAGUCAGGAAGACAAGCAGCUAGUUGACUAUGCCAAAGAGGCUCAACACCAUAAGCAUAACGAGCACCUCGCCGAGCUCGCUGCCAUAGCUGCUGGUGCUUAUGCCGUGCAUGAAAAGCACAUGAUAAAGAAAGAUCCGGCGCACGCUCAAAUGCACAAAAUAGAGGAGGGAAUUGCAGCCGCAGUUGCAGUUGCAGCUGGAGCCUAUGCAUUGCAUGAGCACCACGAGGCUAAAGAAGCAAAGAAACAUAUGAAGCAUCACCACCACCACCGCUUUUAGUUUUCACUCUUUUGGUUUGAAAGGUGUUAUGUAUUGUAAUCCACAUACUCAGCGGUGAUCAGCAACUGCACUAAAUAAUUAAACUUGUGUGUUGUUUGUGCUUCAUUACUAGGUCUCUAGCUCUUUGUGAUAUUGGUCUAGUAGAAGUGGUUUUAUCUUGUCCCGAUGAUUAGUCGAGAUCGAUGUGUGUAAACUGGCCCGAAAACAUGAAUUAUCACAGAAAAAUGGCUGGUGUUAUCAUGUUCAGUACGUUUUCAUGUGAUGUUUGUAAGACUAUAUCGUGUUUCAAAUGUUAUACGAGGAAAUAUCCUUGUUUAUGUGUAAA